UCAAAGCCCUAAAUUAUGCUCAGGUUGGUAUUAGGACGGAGCAAUCAGCGCCAAUUGCUAUUGAGCUUGCUGCAUUGGAUCGCUACUUGUUGCAAUCGGUGUUAUUUGAUUGUCACUCGGUUGUAGAUGAGCUCAGGAGUUCACAGGUGAGGUGGUUUCGGCCACAUUAGAGCUAAAAAUGAGAAUAGAUCGACGUAGCGGUGAGUUUUGAAGGGGGAAACAGCAAGACUGGUGAGAGGUUUCGCUGGUCAGGGUGGAUUAGCGCCUGACGAUGGACGGAUGGGAGAAUCAGGCGAGGAGGCCGACAGAAGCGACGCCGGAGCAGUUCGAUGUGGAGAGCUACGCGAGUCUGUAUACGGGGCACACGAAGAUCGCUCGCUUGCAUUUUAUCGCGGAUCACUGCAAUUCCCGCAACUUGGAUCUCGAGGCGUUGCGGAUGGCGCUGGAUGAGAUCCGGAAGGGGGAGAACACGGUGUUAUUUAAGGAAUGCGUGGAAAGGUUGAAUGGACGCUUGGGGCUUGGUUACGGAUUGGACCAGGAGUGGAUUGAUACGGUGGAGCGUCGGGCUGCACAGCGGCAGGAAAAACUCGAAGUGGAACUUAAUGGAUAUAAGACAAACCUGAUAAAGGAGAGUAUACGAAUGGGCUACAAUGACCUUGGCGAUUUUCAUUAUUCGCGCGGUGAUCUUCAGCAAGCCUUCCAAUGUUAUGUGCGGACCCGGGACUAUUGUACGACCUCCAAACACAUAAUUGCUAUGUGCUUAAAUGUCAUUUUGGUUAGCAUUGAGCUUGGACACUUUGUUCAUGUCUCAAAUUACGUUUCGAAAGCUGAUCAAACUCCCGACGUGCAAGACCCCGUGGUGCUUGCUAAACUUAAAUGUGCGGCAGGUUUAGCACACCUCGAGAGUAAGAAGUACAAGUUAGCUGCGCGUAAGUUUGUUGACACGAACUUUGAGUUGGGAAGCAACUAUUCAGAUGUAACAGCUCCUCAAGAUGUUGCAACAUAUGGAGGUCUUUGCGCUCUUGCAUCAUUCGACAGGGCUGAGCUUAAGAGUAAAGUGAUCGACAACAUCAACUUCCGGAAUUUUUUGGAACUGAUCCCUGAAGUGCGAGAGCUGAUCCAUGACUUUUAUGCAAGUCGAUAUGCUUCUUGCUUGGGAUACUUGCAAAAACUUAAACCUCAAUUAUUACUUGAUAUUCAUCUAUACGAUCAUGUGGGGACAUUAUAUGAACAAAUAAGUCACAAGGCCCUCAUUCAGUACACGAAUCCUUUCAUCUCAGUAGAUCUCAACACUAUGGCCAGCUCUUUUAAGACCAGUGUAGCAGGGUUAGAGAAAGAACUAGCUGCUCUCAUCACGGAAAAUCAGAUUCAGGCUCGAAUCGACUCUCACAACAAGAUUCUGUACGCACGACAUGCAGACCAACGGAAUACGACGUUUCAGCGAGUGCUGCAAACCGGCUCUGAUUUUCAGAGAGAAACUAGAGCUAUGCUCGUUCGAGCAAAUCUAAUGCGCCAAGACUUUGUUAUGAAAGGAAAUCGGAAGCAAUCCUGAGUAGCCUGUGUACUAAUGUUCAAGAAUCAUUGUAAAAAUCGUAUCAAUGUCUCUGAAGUAUUAGAGCCAGGUCUUUGGUUGUGCUCAAGCAACCACAUAUUUUACAAGGGAGUUCAUGUUUUACCUUGUGAAAAGACUUCAGUACUUUACAUUUUUGUAUUCCUUCCCUCAAUUUGUUCUCAUACAGGAGGUGAGAUAAUCCGGAAUGAAAGUUUUGUAGCAGGCAUCCUUCAUUUUGUUCUGUUUUAUAUGAUGUAUCGGUAAUGAGAGUGAUAAUAGAACAGAAAUCUACUUUGAUUCCUUCAA